GGAGUCACUUCCUGUGUUUUGUGCAGCGCGGACAUCCGCCUCGCACAAGUGUCUUACCUUUCAUCUGUCAAACCGGACAGACCUCCUCUCGGACUCUGUGGCAGCGUUUCCCCUUCACCCCGCGGGCCGAGGUGCGCUGUUGUCUUGCAUGAGGAGCGGGCGGCGCUGAGGAGCUCCGCCGGCCGGACGGGAGAGAUGACGGCCGGGCUGCUCUUCGUGGUCGUCGGGGGGCUGCUGGGGGUCUGCGGCGGCGUCUCGGCGAACAGAGGCGGGCACCCGUCCUACACGGACGAAGUCCCUUUCAAGAUCAUCUGGCCGGACGCCGAGUUCUCGCUGCCAACUUCCGGUGCACUGUACAGCGAAGACGACUUCGUCAUCAUGACGACGACGGAGAUGGAGAAGUACAAGUGCCUGCUGCCCUCGCUGACCGCCGGGGAGGAGGAUUCUGAUAAGGAGUACAGUGGGCCCGGGCCCGGUGACCUGCUGGAGCCACUGUUCAAACGAAGCAGCUGCUCCUACAGGAUAGAGUCGUACUGGACAUAUGAAGUAUGUCAUGGGAAGCACAUACGACAGUAUCACGAAGAGAAGGAGACUGGUCAGAAGAUUAGUGUUCAAGAGUACUUCCUGGGCAAUUUGGCACAGAAGAGCCAGGCAACAGAGACAGAUGAAGUUGAAGAGGUAGAAAAUGUCAAAUCAACAGCUGAAACAGAAGUGCCCACGAAGAACAUCGAGGGUCAGCUCACUCCCUACUUCUCGUUUGAGAUGGGAAACGGGACUCCCUGCGUGCUGAAACAGAACGAGCCUCGCUCCACGUCUGUGCUGUACGUGUGCCAUCCAGAGGCCAAGCACGAGAUCCUGUCCGUCGCCGAGGUCACAACCUGCGAAUAUGAGGUGGUGGUGUUGACACCGCUGCUUUGUGCUCACCCAAAAUACAGGUUCAAGUCUUCCCCGGUGAACUCCAUCUUCUGCCGGGCUCUGGCGGGCUCCCCCCUGCGACCUCAGCGGCUCGCCCAGCUCGACAAGGAGCAAGAGGAGCAUCUUAAACCGCCUUUCAGCGCCACCUACGAGACCAAAGAGGAGGCGGCGCCACCAGUGCGGGAAGAGGCCUUCACCUCCACUCACAAACCCAUGACAGUCGGAGGGCAGUCUCAGGUCACUGUCGGCACCACUCACAUCUCUCGUUUGACCGAUGACCAGCUCAUCAAGGAGUUCCUCAGCGGCUCAUACUGUCUGCAUGGGGGAGUUGGCUGGUGGAAAUACGAAUUUUGUUACGGAAGGCAUGUCCAUCAGUACCAUGAGGAUAAAGAGCAAGGAAAGAACACUGUGGUGGUGGGGAGCUGGAACGCCGAGGAGCACGUCGAGUGGGCCAAGAAGAACGUUGCCAGAUCGUACCAGCUCAAAGAUGAUGGAUUGCAGAAAGUCAAGUUGGUUUCCCACUUGUAUGGCCACGGGGAUUUGUGUGAUUUGACUGGGAAGCCCAGACAGGUCAUUGUCAAGCUCAAAUGUAAGGAGUCUGAGUCUCCCCAUGCUGUCACCGUCUAUAUGCUGGAGCCUCAGACCUGUCAGUACAUCCUCGGGGUUGAGUCUCCAGUGAUAUGCAGGAUUCUUGACACUGCUGAUGAACAUGGACUUCUGUCACUGUCCAGCUAAACUGACCAACAUCGUGUGACAGCGAUGGUGCACGGAGGACGAGGGGAGGACAGAGAGAGAGGUGCACUCACAGAGAAGCCCAAUUUGGUAGAGGAAGAGAGAUGCCCACGACACUGCGCUAAAAGCCAAAAUCAAGGUUCACCAGGGGUUAAACUUGAUCCUGAGGCUGGACUUCAUGUAGCACAGGAGCGAAGCCUCAGCCCACUCCCUGAUCCGUGCAACGAACAAUGCUACGUCUCAGCCUAAUCCAGCAGUCGAGCUUGAACUUUGUGAAGAACAGUAAAACGGCUCACUCCACAAGGCAGUGGAUUUAUUGACUGUCCUUAAUAAUGUAUGCUUCACUUUGUGUUGGUUAAUUGCAAGUAAAUGAGCGAUGAAUCACAGGAUUCAUAAGCAUCAGGGGAAUCAACAAUGUUCAUGGUUGUUUUAUUGUCUUUAAAGUCUGUAUUUGCGUGUGCAUGUGUGUGAGAUAUGAAGUGAGUAGUGGUUUGACUGUGGCACUUUGUACUUGUAGAUAUGAGAAAGGAAAAAAAAAAAAGUUCUGAAAAUGUUAAUGUAGCUGUGUGAAUUUGUGGUGUUUAUUUACAGGACGAGUGACAAUUUAAGUGAGUAACUUUCAUAUCAGUUUGUAGGAUGUACAGAAUGUGUACUGUGUGCGUGCAAAUAUGAGAAUGCACACUCUGCUCCUGACCACUGCUGUAUCAUGAGAAAAAAACCAAUGCGUUCGCAGGAAAGAAAAUAAAACUUAAACAUGAAACCUCA